ACAGUCUCUACCUAGCUCAUACUGCAUAUUAUAGAGAAAUACUAAGAACUGCAGGAAUGUGAACCGUUAAAAACUACUGGGUCAAAUUGUUGCGCAAAGACAUUCAAGCGUGACAUGAUACUAUGAUUAGGAUCUAUGCACUGAUGCAAGGUUAUGACUACCAUUGCAUCUGUCUGGUGUUUUAGGUAGUUGGACUAGUCCUUUUAGUUUCUAUAAGCACACUGCAGCACAAUGUUCAUAAAAUACGGAAGAAUGGAGAAGGCAUGACUUGCAUUUCCCAACUUCCUAUGGCAUGAAUAACAGCAAAGAUGCCCAAGUUCAAAGAGUGUGAGUGUUCCGUCUUUCUCUCGUGACCUUUCUCAAGGAUAAUGAUCUGAUAACUCUUCACUUUGACCUCUUCUUAGAACAUUCAAGAUAAACUUUCAGGAAAUGAUUGGUGUUGAUAUUGACAUAUUCUGUUAUUUGUUCAUCAAUUUUACGUGACAACCAAAUUAUCGUGCUGGUGCCUCCACAUGCCAAUUACAUUUUGCCUUUUACCAUGGCCUUGUAUAUGUAUACGUUUGGCAGCACACUCUUAAGUGCUUCGCAAAGAUGGUUUUCAGGACUCUCAGCAAUUUUCCCUCCAUCUGAUCUCUCAAAAUAAUCUUGAUCUUGAGUGAAGGUAACCGGGGCCAAAAUGAUUGCUGGUGGAGGCUAUUUUGAUGGUUCCCAUGAUCAUAUUCUCAUGGAAGGAUCAAUGAUCCACGAUUCUUCCCAAUGUUCCAUCUAUGACAAUACAAAUGAAGAACAGCAGAGCUUCAGACUCGCCCCCUUUUCCAUAGAAGAUCACUCCAAUCCAGCCAAUCUUACCUCUGAGCCUGCAAUGGUGAUUGACCAUAUUCAAAACCAGCUUGGGAUCGACAUGGAGCAGGACAAUAGUGGCCACAUGAUACAAGAAGUGCCUACAGUAGAAACUGCAAAUUUGGUUCCUUCUAUCUAUGGUGUCCACGAUCAUAUCCUCAGCAGCCAGAUAGGAGAAGGUCCGCACAACAUAACUGUGGAACAGCAGCUCCUGGACUAUGAUGCUGCAUCAUAUCGAAGUGGCACUUAUGCAACUGCACAUGAUCUUCUAAAUUCUCUACAGACCCAAAGGAGCAGUUUGACUCAUGAAUUUCCUUCAACAGAACAUAUCUUUGGUGAUCCAGCACAGAACAUGGUCAAUCAUUUGAAUAUGAACAAUGACCUUCCAGGAAUAGCAAUUCAUGAAAGUGGAAUGAUGUUUAGCGAUUCAACUCUACCAUUAGGUUAUCACGCUACUCAAUCUCAUAUGUUGAAGGAUCUCUAUCAUUCACUGCCACAGAACUAUGGGUUAUUUACCAGUGAUGAUGAGAGAGAUGGAAUGAUCGCGGUGCCAGGGGUCUCAGGAAAUAUUUUCCAGGAGAUAGAUGAGAGUCAGUUCGAUAGUCCAAUACUGAGGAGUAGAAGACAGAAAGGUGGGUUUGGCAAGGGCAAGGGAAAAGCUAACUUUGCAACUGAAAGAGAAAGGAGGGAGCAGCUAAAUGUGAAGUAUGGGGCUUUAAGAUCACUAUUCCCAAACCCUACUAAGAAUGAUAGGGCUUCUAUAGUUGGAGAUGCCAUUGAAUACAUCAAUGAGCUUAACAGAACAUUGAAAGAACUGAAGAUCCUAGUGGAAAAGAAGAGGAACAGCACUGACAGGAGGAAGAGGCUGAAGUUGGAUGAUGAGGCAGCUGAUGAUGGGGAAAGCUCUUCAAUGCAGCCAGUGAGCGAUGAGCAAAACAAUCCGAUGAAUGGGGCUAUAAGGAGCUCCUGGAUUCAAAGGAGAUCCAAGGAGUGCGAUGUUGAUGUCCGCAUAGUUGACGAUGAAAUAAACAUCAAGUUCACAGAGAAGAAGAGGGCCAACUCUUUGCUUAGUGCUGCAAAGGUUCUAGAGGAGUUCUGUCUUGAUCUCAUCCAUGUCGUUGGGGGAAUUAUAGGAGAUCAUCAUAUAUUUAUGUUCAAUACAAAGAUACCUAAGGGCUCCUCAGUGUAUGCAUGCGCAGUGGCUAAGAAGCUCCUUGAAGCUGUGGAGAUGAAAAACCAGGCUCUUAAAAUCUUCAACUAGCCAUAUCUUUCGUGAUUUUUACUUAGACUAUGUUCCAUGCUGGUCUAUUCUUUAGCGUCGAUUAAUAAGGUACUGACUUAUUAGUGAAGGGCCGCAGGAAUUGUUAAGACUAUGUCUUUAAUGUCUGCUAUGAAACUUUCUUGACAACUAGUUCAUGCUUUAACUUCUUGCCGUAUUUUCUGUACACUUUCAACACCUUUUUUUGGUUGAAAAGGUAGACUUUCAACACUCAUGCUAGAGUAUGUGGUGCUUCUUAUUCAGCAUUGCCACACGUCACACGAUACUUUAUUCUUUUGAAUCUUUUUUUCUGGACACACAAAGAAGAUCGAUUCCACUACCCAACUUACAUAUGUCAGGCUCAGGUCUAGUGAACAUGUUUAUUUGCCAGGUACGCUACAUCUCAAUUCUAUAAACAUUCACUAUAAAUCUAAGAUCCAUGUAUUUUGUCUUGGAGUUAUGACACAACUGUGGUAGAAAUAAAUUGUUUGGGCGUGCUGAGAU